GUGGAAGUUCUCCUUCAACCAUGGCAGGGACCAGGAGCCUGUGUUUCUUGGCUGUUGUGCUCACAGCCCUAGGCGGGUGCCUGGGCUCGGAGCAGGACGCGCAGUGCCCGGGCGCCGUGGCGGUGCCGAAGCGCAUCGACUGCCACCCGCAGCCCGGCGCUUCCCGGGAGGCCUGCGAGGCGCGGGGCUGCACCUGGUGCUCCACCGACGUGCCCAACGCGCCCUGGUGCUUCUUCCCUGAGGACAGUCCCUACGGCUACGCCCGGAGUGGGAACGCCGAGAAGACGGCCAAAGGCUGGAGAAUCACACUGAACAAGCGCCAGGCCUUGACCCUCUUUGGAAAUGACAUUUCCCCGAUCGUCUUCGAAGUGGAGUUCCAGACAAAGGACAGACUCCGGUUCAGGUUCUACGAUCCCAACAAGCAGCGGUUUGAAGUCCCACUGAAGAUCGAUGGCCCUGGGGUUACUGCUGAAGAGGCCAACUACGAGGUGGAGUUCUCGGAUGACUCCACACACUUCACGAUCAAGAGGAAAAGCACCGGCACCGUGCUGUGGGACAGUCCCCUGGUUGAUCUGUUUUUCUCCAACCAGUUCCUUCAGAUCACCACCACUGUGCCAUCCACUUCUGUGUAUGGGUUUGGCGAACAUGAGCACCCAACCUUCAAGCACAACAUGGACUUUGUCACCUAUGGCAUGUUCUCCAGGGACCAGGCACCAACGUCAUUUGCCAACCUCUAUGGAGUUCACCCUUUCUAUAUGUGCGUAGAACCGGACUCCAAUGCCCAUGGUGUUCUCCUUCUGAACUCCAACGCACAAGAUGUUACUCUGUCUCCAAACCCAUCUUUAACUUUCCGCACCAUUGGAGGGAUCCUCGACUUCUAUCUCUUCAUGGGACCGACUCCUGAAAACGUGGUUCAGCAAUACACUGAAGCCAUUGGACGCCCACACAUGCCAGCCUACUGGUCUCUGGGAUUCCAGCUCUCCCGAUGGGGCUACAACAGCCUUGAUGUGUUAAAGGAAACUGUCGAUCGCAUGAAGCACUAUGACAUCCCAUAUGAUGUCCAGCAUUAUGACAUUGACUACAUGGAACGUCGCCUGGACUUUACCUAUGAUAAAGUGAAUUUUGCUGGUCUGCCAGAGUUCAUGAAGGAGAUGAAGAAGAAUGGAAAGCAUAAUGUUGUGAUUCUGGACCCUUUCAUAACCAAGGAUGAGGAGCCAGGCACUUACAGACCUUAUGAACUCGGCCAGGAAAUGGGAGUGUGGAUCAACAACUCUGAUGGCGUGACUCCUGCUGUUGGGCGGGCCUGGCCUCCUGGAGAUUCUGUGUUUCCUGACUAUACCAACCCCAGGACAGUGGAAUGGUGGACCCAGUUGUGUCUGGAGUUUAAGGAUGUCCUUGACUACGAUGGGAUCUGGAUUGAUAUGAAUGAACCAUCCAAUUUCAUGAGAGGCCAGUAUCCUGGAUGUGCUGAUAAUGAAAUCAAUAACCCUCCUUACACUCCUAGAAUCUCUGAUCGUUCCCUGGCGGAAAAGACACUGUGUCCUGACUCCAAGACUUACCUUGGAGACCAUUACAACACACACUCUCUCUUUGGCUGGGCACAGACAGAACCAACUUUCAAUGUUGUCCAGCAGGCAACUGGAAAGAGGGCAUUUGUCUUGAGUCGGUCCACGUUUGUUGGCAGUGGGAAGCACAGCGCUCACUGGCUCGGUGACAACUUCUCACGGUGGAAGGAUCUGCGCCGCUCCGUCAUUGGAAUCCUGGAAUUCAACCUCUUUGGCAUUCCCUAUAUUGGUGCUGAUAUCUGUGGGUUUAACUACAACACUACCUACGAACUCUGCCUGCGCUGGAUGCAGCUUGGCUCUUUCUAUCCAUUUUCCAGAAAUCACAAUGCAGAGGGAAACAGCGAACAAGACCCAGCCGUGUUUGGAGAUGCUUUUGCCAAGAUAUCUCGUGCUACUCUUCGGAUCAGAUACUCCCUGCUGCCAUACUUAUACACCCUGUUCUACGAGUCUCACGUUCACGGAGGCACGGUGGUGCGGUCACUGAUGCACGAAUUUACCUCUGAUCAGGAGACUCAUGGAAUAGAUACUGCCUUCCUUUGGGGACCUGCCUUUAUGAUUGCUCCUGUUCUUGAAGAGGCAAGUACUGUAAUUAAAAAUGCCAUCAUACUGGAAAAAAAAGAAACUAAUGUUGCUUAG